CGAAUAAAUACUCUCAUGUGGGCUGUGGCCAUUAAAACCCUAAUCAUCGUUGCUGCCUCAGAGCCUCAGAGAGAGAAGCUGAUUGUCGCAGCCGCUGCUUCUCCUUCCCCAGAGAGAAGAUGAAGUUCAACAUCGCGAAUCCGACUACUGGUUGCCAGAAGAAGCUUGAGAUUGACGAUGAGCAGAAGCUGCGUGCCUUUUAUGAGAAGAGGAUCUCUCAUGAAGUUGAUGGAGAUGCUUUGGGCGAGGAGUUUAAAGGUUAUGUGUUCAAGAUCAUGGGUGGCUGUGACAAGCAGGGAUUUCCCAUGAAGCAGGGAGUUUUGACUCCAGGGCGUGUUCGUCUCUUACUUCACAGAGGUACUCCUUGCUUUAGAGGGUAUGGAAGGCGUAACGGAGAGCGCAGAAGGAAGUCAGUACGUGGGUGCAUUGUCAGUCCUGACCUUUCAGUUCUGAAUUUAGUCAUUGUGAAGAAGGGUGAAAAUGAGCUUCCUGGCCUCACUGAUGUGGAGAAGCCAAGGAUGAGGGGUCCUAAGAGGGCGUCAAAGAUUAGGAAGCUUUUCAACCUCUCUAAGGAUGAUGAUGUGAGGAAGUAUGUCAACACAUACCGCCGAACAUUUACUAAUAAAAAGGGUAAGGAGGUGAGCAAAGCCCCAAAAAUACAGAGACUGGUGACUCCCUUGACUCUUCAGAGGAAGAGAGCUAGAAUUGCUGAGAAGAAGCAGAGGGUUGUCAAGGCCAAGGCAGAAGCUCAGGAGUACCAGAAGCUGCUCGCUAGCAGGUUGAAGGAGCAAAGAGAGAAGCGCUCUGAGAGUUUAGCCAAGAAGAGGUCCCGUCUCUCCACUGCUACUUCUAAGCCCUCCAUUGCUGCCUAAACCAUGAAAUUCCAUGUCAUGUACCCACCCUCCUUAUUGUUAUUUUGAACUUUCAGUUUUUUCGAAGAAUUGCUAAACAGUUGAUGUUGAGACUUUAGACUGGCAUUUCUACUGAGUUUGGUGUUUUUUGUUGCUAUUUAUCUCCUCUUUCCAGUUCCCGAAUGAGCCUAAUAGAUUGCCUACAAUUUCUUCCAUUGUCCUCCCUAAAGUUUUGUUCUUGUCUUUGGUUUCCGUUAUGCAUGGAGAGAGUUUUGUGAUCUUUUAUACUCCUUGAGUACCAAUUUUACAGAUAAAGCAUGUUUUGUGGC